AUGAAAACGAAUUAUUUCUCAGAUUCUUCAGUUUGGAACCUUUUAAACUUUCUAAAAUUCCGUCAUAAAGAAGAAAAUUGGACAGCGAGUAAACAGAAGGAACACAAUUGUUAUGUUAUGACCUUGGGUAUGAUAGCAGGCACUGGAUUAAGCGAAAUGCGACCUAUGGAUGAGGCAAAUACUAAAGAAGUAAAUGACUUCUGGCAAGACGUUGAAAAAGAGAGAAAUAUCAAGGAAUACGAAACUAUUAUCGAAAAUUUGGAUAUGGCAUUCACCGUGGAACGUACAUUAGAACAUAAUGAUUACGUUAGAGAAGUGGGAGAACGGCGCAGGCAGGUCAUGAAGCGCACUUCCGAAAAUUGUGAAGAUAUGACAUCAGAAAAAAAUACGAACCAAAAAAAGCGUGCUAACUAUACUACGGCCAAAAGCAAGAAG